AUGCAUGCGGACACCGGACCACCGGGGCGACGCGCAGACACGGGACACAAGCGUUACGAUAGUACGCACACGGACACCGGAUCACCGGGGCGACGCGCAGACACGGGGCACGAGCGUUACGAUGGUACGCACGCGGACACCGGAUCACCGGGGCGACGCGCAGACACGGGGCACAAGCGUUACGAUGGUACGCACGCGGACACCGGAUCGCCGGGCAGUCUUCGGUCGUCUGGCAAGAGGGAGACAGACACCGGAUCCAAACCUUAUCACACGGAGGACGCCGUACCCAGGCUUUACGACAGUACACACGCAGACGCCGGAACGCCAACCGGCCUCCCUCUCUCCGGCAGCAGACGCGGGGACACCGGAUCCAAGUUUCGCGACGACGCGCUCGCAGACGCCAGGCCAGGCUUUCGUGACAACGACACAGACACCGGAACGCCGAACAACCUCUCGCUGUACGGCCGCACGCGCGCAGACACCGGAACUGACGUUCGCGACGGCAAACGCGCGGACGCCGCAUCCAAGCCUCGCGGCAACAGACUUGCAGACGUCGGAACCAAUAUUUACGAUGAGAGGCGCGCAGACACCGGUCUCACCUUCCCACCCAGCGACUACUCGAUACCCGCGGACACCGGACCGAUCUUCCCGGACGACCACGCCAAAGCCGCCGCGGGGGCACCUGUCGCCAGGUGGCAGCACGAUAGCAAGAUGGCGCGCGGCGGGGCGCCGCGGAGGGACCGUCCCCUCGUCGACGAAACUCCGUCUCCCGUGCUAUGCUAA